AUGAAGAUCUCCUGCUUUCUGCUCUUUAUCCUAUCUCUAUUCUGCUUUCAGAUCAACCCAGUUGCUGUCCUUGACACAAGAGUCUGUUUUAAGAAUAAAGAAAUCUGUCUCAUCAUGCAUUGCCCAUUCUAUUAUAAAGUAGUUGGCACCUGUUAUAAAGGAAAAGGCAAGUGUUGUCACAGACAGGAUUGA